GGAAGGUCUGCCGAAAGCUCGGCAACGGAGAUCGAUCGAUUGAUUCUGGUCUGACUUGUUUGUAUUUUUUUUUUCUUAUGUUUUGCUUUUGGCUGCUUUCUUGACAAAUAAUAGGCGUAUCUGUAUACUCCUCAUCCCUUCUACCAUUCUACUCUCACGCGCCUCCCGAUAUGGCAUCUCCCUGUCUUCCUCGCCUGCUUGGCCGCGCUUCCAGAACUUUCUGCAGGCCGCGGAGGCAGGUGGUCCAGCUUCCCCAAUGGCGCGCGGCGUCAACAAUGCAUCCACAGGGUUUUGUGCCACCAACACACGAGGAACUAGUGGAACUGAGAGAGCGAGUUCAAGAAUUUACAAGACGAGAGAUUCCGGAAGAGGUCGCUGCUCGCACAGAUCUCCAGAAUGACUUCCCCGCCGACAUGUGGCAGAAGCUUGGAGAGGCUGGGUUCCUAGGUGUCACGGCGGAUGAACAGUAUGGUGGUCUAUCAAUGGGCUACCAAGCGCAUUGCGUCGUUUUGGAGGAAAUUAGCCGGGCUUCAGGCAGCAUUGGUCUAUCUUACGCGGCCCACUCCCAACUUUGCGUUAACCAGCUCUCUCUGAAUGGCAGCCCGGAACAGAAAGCCAGAUUUCUCCCAGGUCUGAUCUCAGGGGAGAAGAUUGGUGCGCUGGCAAUGUCAGAGCACUCUGCAGGUUCGGAUGUCGUCAGCAUGAAGACCACUGCUAAGGCUGUGGAUGGAGGAUUUUUGCUUAACGGGACAAAGAUGUGGAUUACCAACGGACCCGAUGCCGACUAUAUAGUUGUGUACGCCAAAACAAAGCCUGACCAGGGCUCAAAGGGUAUCACUGCUUUCGUUGUUGAGAAGACAUUCAAGGGCUUCUCCUGCGCUCGGAAACUCGACAAGCUCGGCAUGAGAGGUUCAAAUACUGGCGAGUUAAUCUUUGAAGGCGUGUUCGUGCCACGGGAGAAUAUGCUGGGGGAGCUUAAUCGCGGCGUGAAGGUGCUUAUGGAGGGGCUUGACUUGGAGCGUCUCGUCCUCAGCGCAGGACCACUUGGAAUCAUGCAAGCGGCCCUUGACCUUGUGCUACCAUAUACCCACACCCGCAAACAAUUCGGCAUCCCAAUCGCCCGCAACCAACUCAUCCAGGGUAAACUCGCAGACAUGUACACCAAGCUCUCCGCAUCGCGCGCGUACACCUACACCACGGCCCGUCAAAUCGAUGAGGCCGCGGCCUCCAGCAGCGAGGCAAGCAACAGCGCCAUCCGCACUCAGGACUGCGCUGGUGCGAUCCUGUAUGCUGCCGAGCGCGCGACGGAGUGUGCACUUGACGCCAUCCAGCUGAUGGGCGGGAACGGGUAUAUCAAUGAGAUUCCUGCGGGGAGACUGCUGCGGGAUGCCAAGUUGUAUGAGAUUGGGGCGGGGACGAGUGAGAUUCGGAGGAUGUUGAUUGGGAGGGUGUUCAAUAAGGAAUACUUGUAGAUUUUAGGGUUCGAUGCGGGAUUUUCUUUCAUUGUAUUUGUCUUUCUUAUCUUUUCUAUUUUUUCCCUAUAUACUCCGUAUGCAGGUAUACUAUAGAGAGAACCUUGUUUCGUUUGCCAUUGAUAGGACGGUUUGUUUGUUUUGUGAAACUAUCUCAGUUGGCUAUACUCCAUCUCAAUGUGUAGGCAGAGGGUAAUUAUUUUCCAUAUAUAUAUAAACAGCUCCGAUGAAUAUGAUAAGAUCUAUCUCCUUACACCCCUCACCAACAGUUCCACCAAGAAAUUAAGCUACAGCCACCA